AUGCCAUAUCUAAGCCUAGAAUGCUAUUGUAGUGUAAACUCAGCUGCUCUACUUAAACUUCAGGUGACAUUGCAUGCAUGUUGUAGAUAGGCCUACCACUAUCAACUGAGAGUUGAGGGUUGGUGUUUGAAGGAAUUAUUUGUUGAACCCAGAGCAAGGUCUUCUCCGCCAUGACUUUCCCUGUUCAAACUAUCACACAAACUCUCUGAAACCCUGUUAUGCUAACCCCACAUUAAUGAUAUGCUAGAACAGGAUUAUGAUGAUCAUAUUCAUUCACUUAUAAUCAAUUGGUCACCUGGCCCCAGUGGCAUGUUGAAAGAGAACUACUGUCAUACUACUUCCUAUAUCUAUACAUUGUAUAGACCUAGGUAUUGUUGACAUACAGUGAGCUCCAAAAGUAUUGGGACAGCAAAACAUGUUUUGUUGUUUUGCCUCUGUACUCCAGCACUUUAGAUUUGAAAUGAAGACUGUCAGCUUUAUUUUGAGGGUAUUUUCAUCCAUAUUGGGUGAACUGUUUAUAAAUUAUAGCACUUUUUGUACAUAGUCCCUCCAUUUUAGAGGACAAAUUCACUUAUGUGUAUUAAAGUAGUCAAAAGUUUAGUAUUUGGUCCCAUAUUCCUAGCAAGCAUUGAUUACAUCAAGCUUGUGACUCUACAAACUUUUUGGUUGUUUCAGAUUAUUUUGUCCCCAAUAGAAAUGAAUGGUCAUUUUGUAGUCAUUUUUAUUGUAAAUAAGAAUAUAAUGUUUUUAAACACUACAUUAAUGUGGAUGCUACCUUUAUUACGGAUAGUCCUGAAUGAAUCGUGAAUAAUGAUGAGCGAGAAAGUUACAGAUGCACAAAUAUCAUACCCCCCCCAAAAAAUGCUAACCUCCCCUGUUAUUGUAAUGAGACAUUAGCGUGUCUUGGGGAUAUAAUAUAUUAUUAUUCACGAUUCAUUCAGGACUAUCCGUAAUCAUGGUAGCAUCCACAUUAAUGUAGAAGUGUUCACCCGAUAUGGAUGAAAACACCCUAAAAUUAAAGCUGACAAUCUGCACGUUAACCUCAUAGUCAUUGUAUAAUUUCAGUACAGAGCCAAAACAACAAAAAAUGUGUCACUGGCCCAAUACUUUUGGAGCUCACUGUAUCUGUACCAUAUUGUGUGACAGAUAAUUGAAAGGGAACUCUUGUGACAAUACAUGAAGUUAAAGGUGCAAUAUGCAGAAAUCACUCCGCCAUUUCAUGGUUGCUAAAAUUCCUAUAGUUCGCCUAAUUUCAGUUUGUGACAAAGCAAGUGUAGAGAAUCAUUGUACCUUCUAAACUGCUGUGCAAUAUCUUUUCAAUAACAUAAACUAUUGUAUUUUCAGCUGUGAAGAUGGUGUACAAAACCGAAAGUAAAAGACGCAAAUACGAAACUUAACCUCUACGGGAUCAGUGUCCCGUAUACGGGACGGUUGAGCUAACAUGCGCUAAUGUGAUUAGCAUGACUGUUGUAAGUAACAGCAAAUUUUCCAGGACAUAGACAUGUCUUAUAUGGGCAGAAAGCUUACAUUCUUGUUAAUCUAACGGCACUGUCCAAUUUACAGUAGAUAUUACAGUGAAUAAAUACCUUGCUAUUGUUUGAGGAGAGUGCACAACAACAACAAAAACGUAUCACGAUAACUGGUUUGAUACAUUCACCUCUGAAGGUAAAUAAUGUACUUAUAUUCAGUAAUCUUACUCUGAUUUGUCAUACUAAGGGUCCCAGAGAUAAAAUGUAGCAUAGUUUUGGUUGAUCAAAUCCAUUUUUGUAUUGAAAUGUAGGAACUGGGUUCUACAGUUUGAACCCCUACUGUCUCUGGCUCCACACCCACCCCGCCCGGCCAUCUAGAUGUGUGAAAGUUAGUGUAUAAGCUAAUGAUCCAUCAUGUAUGACAUUCCUGGAGUGUGUAAACUUACAUUUUGUAUUACCAUAUCAUUUUUGUAUGUUCUCUAUAGUUAUGUACUUGAAAAGUUAUCAAUUGACCAAUUCGGCACAUUUGGGCGGACUUGAUACAAAAUAGUCCAGUAUUGCAAUGCUUCACUGGAUCAAUCUGAAACUUUGCACACACACUGCUGCCAUCUAGUGGGCAAAAUCUAAAUUGCGCCUAAACUGCAAUAUUAUAUUGUGGCCUUUCUCUUACAUUUCAAAGAUGAUAAAAAAAAUACAUAAAAAGAAAACAAAUUAUUUUUUGUUUGUAUUAUCUUUUAUCAGAUCUAAUGUGUUAUAUUCUCCUACAUUCAUUUCACAUUUCCACAAAUUUCAAAGUGUUUCCUUUCAAAUGGUAUCAAGAAUAUGCAUAUAAUCUAUAAAUCACUGCUAGGCAAAUCCCCGCCUUAUUUUAGCUCAUUGGUCACCAUAGCAGCACCCACCCGUAGUCUGCGCUCCAGCAGGUAUAUCUCACUGGUCAUUCCCAAAGCCAACACCUCCUUUGGCCACCAUUCCUUCCAGUUCUCUGCUGCCAAUGACUGGAACGAAUUGCAAAAAUCUCUGAAGCUGGAGACUUAUCUCCCUCACUAACUUUAAGCAUCAGUUGUCAGAGCACCUUACCGAUCACUGCACCUGUACACAGCCCAUCUGAAAUUAGCCCACCCAACUACCUCAUCCCUAUAUUGUUAUUUAUUUUGCUCUUUUGCACCCUAGUAUCUCUAUUUGCACAUAAUCUCUUGCACAUCUACCAUUCCAGUGUUAAUACUAAUUGUAAUUAUUUUGCACUAUAGCCUAUUUAUUGCCUUACCUCCAUAACUUGCUACAUUUGCACACACUGUAUAUAUAUUUUCUGUUGUAUUUUUUGACUUUAUGUUUUUUUACCCCAUAUGUAACUCUGUGUUGUUGUUUUUAUCGCACUGCUUUGCUUUAUCUUGGCCAGGUCGCAGUUGUAAAUGAGAACUUGUUCUCAACUGGCUUACCUGGUUAAAUAAAGGUGAAAUAAAUAAAUAAAAUAAAAAAUAUCCUUGCUUCAGGUCCUGAGCUACAUGCAGUUAGAUUUGGGUAUGUCAUUUUAGGCAAAAAUUGAAAAAAAGGGUCCGAUCCUUAAGAGGUUAAACACGGGAAGCAUAGAAAUAGUGCACAUAGAACAGAUCUACCACUUCUUAGACUUGCUUUCAAUGCGAAUGACAGAUCUAUAACUAUGCUAAUUUGGUCGGGUCACCCAAAAAGUGACAUAUUACAGAUUUAAUUUAAGUUGGCCAAAGCAGUAAUGUUUUACAUUCUGACCCAAAUACGUCUGUAUGCCUUUGGGAAGUGCAGAAUCAUUGCUGCUAUGAAAUGGCACCAUCUCCAUAUUCCAUUCAUUUCCACAGUCCACAGGCAACUUUCCCUCUCCCAACUCCUUUCCGGUCACCCCUAUGGACUCCAGAGGCCUGUACAAGCAGCUGAGAGCUGUCCUCCAUCUGCUUGUCGGUCUGUUAGGCAUGUGACUGAUCCUCAGAAACCCAGAUCCUCUUCAGGGCAUGUGAGAACCAUGCAGGGCCCUAAAGAAGGAUCUUUGUAUGCAGGGGGGGACCCUCGAGAGGAUGUGAAGUAAGGUCUACGUUUGCUCAGCUGGGGUCCCUAACCCCAUCCCCCCUGAAAUGUUGUCUCAAAUAAAGCCCCUGAUUUAUAAACACUCAACUUCAAACCAUGUCAUCAGUGUAUGUGCUCCUAAAUCACAUGAGUGCUGUUACCAUGUUGGAGCUCACAACUGUAAUAACAAUAUGGUCAUAUUCCUAAACCUCUCAUAUUAUGCUUAUAUGGCCCAUGUGGAAAUCAAACCCACAAUCCCAGUGUUGCAAGAACCAACCCACACUGAGCCACUAGAAAACAUAAAGAUUCUAGAACUGACCCUUGCUACAGUUAGGUCUUAGGCCUGUUUUUCAGUUGGUGAGAAGAUUUAGACUCAAACCUUGGUGCUUUUGAGGCCUCUGAGUCCUCCCUCCUAAAUAAUGCAUGAAAAUGUUUAAGUUGACUGACUGUGGCCAUGUACGUCAGUGUGAGACAUCACCGCUGUGUUCUGUGAAACAUGAUUCUGUCACAGUCUGAUCUGUGGUAUACCGAUAGUGGCUUGUCUAAUCAGGCUCUGAUUUCUCGGAAGGUGAACCUUGUUCGGCAAUCCAUUUUGCUGUAUUUUUUGUUUUCGCCAGGGAAUCAUACACGUGUCUACAUUGUACUGUCAGAUGUGCGGGUGUGGGCAAACCGAACCUCUUUUAUUGAACAGCUAUUCGGGUAGCACAUGCUAAAUGGACAAUAGACACUUGCUCACACCCCACCCCCAAGCAGCACUGCACUGCUAACACAAGUUAGUGUGUUUAUCUUUCCACAUUAUUGUGACAGACAACACUGGUAGCUUGCUGAAUUUAAUUGGGGAAAAUGUGUUUGUUUUAGGGGGCUCACUGAAUUCACCCACCGACACCCCCACCGGGAACUAUACACUUUCUGUUGUUUAAACCAGUUACUUAUGACACCAGCCACAAAUAAGGGAGCCCAGAGGGUAAUUCAUCUGUGGGAUAUUGGUGUGAAGGUUUGUCUUGAGCAUGCAUUGUAAGAUGAGGGAAAAUGCAGUGCACAAACUUUCACAACCCAACUACCUUUAGAACUGAUCAACCCACAAUUUACUUAGUGUAGUACUACACACUGAUUUGAUCAAUUAUUAUCUUAAGGGAAUAUCAAAAAGUCAGUGAAAUUGUUUUUCUUUGUGUCCCUUAAUCUUUUAAUACCUCUCGGUCGAAGGAGGAAUGCCGCUAAUGAGGGGCAAAAGCUUAACAUAAGUUUGCACAAUGGAGUGGUCAAGCACUAGUUGCUAGGUGACAGCAGCCACAAGAAUGCCCAGACUCCAGGGUCUGAAAGGCUUAUUUUCAUUAUAUUUAAUCUCCACAACAGCUGCAACUCUGUUGUUUUCCCCCCCGUUUUUUUCCCCAAGAGGUUAUUCCUUCUUGCUGGUUGGAGCUGGAGAGCAGAGAGGUACUGUAGAUGGAAGCAAUGUUCAUUGGCAGGCAGUGCAGAGCACACUGAAACUUGGCCUCUUGCCAGCCCUCAUAACACACUUUAAUUUUGUAGUUUCGGGUACAGAGAUGCAAAGGUUAAAGAAUGUCAAGAAUCUCGCUCCAGAAUGGAGGUAACAAUAGUGCCCUGUUGGAGUGCACACAGUGUUAUCUUGUGUAUCCAUGUCAUGGCUAUUGUUGUGUCUAGCGCUCCGGUUUACACCCCAACCUAUAAAAUGGUUACCAUAAAUAUAUAGGCCCUUACAGAGGAGGGCUUAAGUAAGCUAAGCAUGGCUAUAGAUUGCAAGGCAACUUUUUUUGUCUCUUCCCUGCAGUUAACCACAAUAAUGAGUAGUUCGCUUACUGUAGGUUUUUUCUGAAAGGAAAACUGGAAAUGCUUUGAGUAUUUUUUUAUUAUGGCCACUAAGGAACUGCCUAUCAUCCGGCAUGUUGACAGCUGGAGAAAACCUGACUGACUCAACCCAGUGUUCUGUCUACAAAUGAUCACCUUGAGCUGGUACCUUUAAGGCUAACUCUUUGUGUAUAUAGUGUGGUAGAAACACAAGACUAAGCAAAGGGAAAUGUCCUGAAAAAUAACAGGAGGCAAGACAUUUUCAUCAGCGCCACCCAGGCCUAUGGCCUAAUAGACAAACUAUAGGCCUAGUCUCUAUUAGAAAGACUCUUAACAAAUUGAUUUUUAAAGAUAGUCUAGUCCUUUAGGCUGUGGUUUACUCCCCUCCCUGCUACUGAAUCAUGUUAAUUACUAUGGCAGAGCUCAGGUUCCCACAUCUACAUCUGAGGUAACUCCUUUAAAGGCCUGAAAUGUGCCAGGGGCGUUUCACUGACAUACAGCCUAGGUUAACCCUACUAGUAUUCAGAGGUUUGGACCAGCAUUCAGUGUGGGGUUAGCAUUAGUAUAUCAUGUAAUUUUUUUACAUUUACAUUUUAGUCAUUUAGCAGACGCUCUUAUCCAGAGCGACUUACAGUUUUUUUUAGUGAGUGCAUACAUUUUUCAUACUGUAAUCAGGGAGUCUGUUAUCAAUAAAUAUACCACUAAUCUGUAUCCUGUUCUGAAAAAAUAUAGAGUAUUAUGUUGGGUAACUAGCCUAAACAGAAUUUAUAGAAUCAUGGAAAACGAGAUGAAACUGCUGUAUUUUAAAGGCUCUCAUUAAGCCAGAAAAACCUGUUUGAAAUGGAAUGCCAAUUGUCACAUUCUCUUUAGGAAUAGGCUUAGUUUCUUCCUAAAAGCCUACUUGAAUAUUGUGCCACUCUAAGGAUCAUAUUUGUUUAAAUCUAAGUGAAGGUAGACACUAUGUCUGUUACAGUAUAAUGUUUAUCUUCUACAAAUAACAGACACAAAUAAGGUCAAAAAUAAUCUUCUUACACUACCAUAGCUCUCCAUCAUAUUGUUGCUGUCCUGCUCCACAGUGGUUUUGUUACAUUACCCUCCUCCAGAUGUAGCCUAUGUUGUCACCCUCCCAUUUGGCAAGUCAGGGACUGUGAGCUGGCAGUAGAGUCAAGGUCUCUUCUGGCCGCCCUUAUCUACUGUAGGCUCUAUUCUGGAGUAGAUGAUUAUUAACACUCUGGGCAUGGGAAAGUUAAAAGGGCUCCCCUGUAAAAUGAAAUAUGUGUUUAGUCUUUAGAUAAUGGCUUUUUGUUAGCUUGGCCAAGUUGGCUAUGGUGUUGAUAUGGAGGAGUCAAGGACAGAAUGAGCUGAUAUCUGACUUUCAGGCAACCACCCCCAGUCUUGGAGUCUGUUACACAUUCUCUUUAAUCGACAGGUGUCCAAACCUGGAGUGAAUGCCAAUGUUAAUAGGUUCUUAAUAAGUAAAGGGCGGCACAGCUACCAAAGUAAACAAUGGCCUGCGUUCUUUAGCUAGGCCUAUAGUUUGGGUACAGUGUGUAAUAUCCAUAUUGUGUAUAUGUCCAUGAGGAAGAAUGUCUUCUAAAUUAAAGGAGGAGUAAUCAGGUUUCACUGCAUAUUUAUAUUGUUAUUCUUUGAAUCGCACAAAGUGCUUCAUAUUCACAUCGUCUUUAAAUAAAGCAAAAACUGCAAUCCUCGGAGAACACUUCAUACUGUUUCUUGCCUAUUCAUUUAAUUAAAGGGUGAUAUGUUUGGUGUUACUUUACAGACAGCUUCUGUAAGUAUCAGUAUAAAGAAUGUUUAAGACCUGGGGACAGAUCUAUUAUAAUGCUGUCAUCUUCCCCAUUGAUCAUAAUGAAAAAGCUGCUUUUUUUAUUUAUGUUUAUACACCUAAAAUAUAUCCAAUUGUGUGUCACCAAAUACCUAACCAACCCUCUCCUCUGUCCUCUCCUUUUUGCCUAGUUUUAUUACUUGAAAAAAUAGAGAACGAUGACAUUGGAAGGAAGACUUUGAAAAUCACAGACUUUGGCCUGGCCAGAGAGUGGCACAACACCACCGAGAUGAGUGCUGCUGGCACGUACUCAUGGAUGGCCCCUGAAGUCAUCAAGUCCUCCCUCUUCUCCAAAGGCAGCGAUGUCUGGAGGUAAAACGAACAGCACGCUCCUUCUUCUUCCUGUUCCAAACAAAGGCCCCAAGUCAGACUGGAAUCAAUAGGGUUUUUAGGAAAUUAUGAUCUGGAAAGGUGGCACCUUGAUACUCCUUUUAUUUCCAGACAUUUAGAAACAUUUGUCCCGACCUAUUUCUGAAAAGUGCUCUCAUUGUUAUUUUGUUUAAACCAAAACUGUUCUGUCAGAUAACCACUUUAUGUACAUUCUGUACUACUAUGAUGUGCAUUAUAGCCUACAGUAUCCCUGAACACCCUCUACUGGUAACUACAAUCUGCUGCACAGGGAGCUAACAUUCAUUUCAUGAAAGAUGAAGACUGUAGGCUUAGUGCUUAAUUUAAACAGGAUCAUUUUUGUUAGCACUGUACUGGUAAACAACAUUUUACUGCCAUUAUUUAGUAUUCAACAAGUCCAUUAUUCAAGACCAAGUUCCUCUAAACAGUAGACCUAAGCACUACAAGAAAGGUUUAGGCAAUGUGAAUUUGAGUGUUAUAAUAGUGUUAUAAUAACAUGGGUGUUAUUAGGACAUUGUACUCACUGUAUCUGUGUUCUCUCUACUAGUUAUGGGGUCCUGUUAUGGGAGUUGCUGACAGGAGAGGUGCCUUACCGUGGGAUUGAUGGGCUGGCUGUGGCCUAUGGUGUGGCUGUCAACAAGUUAACCCUCCCUAUUCCAUCCACCUGCCCAGAACCCUUCGCCAAGCUCAUGGAAGGUGCUGUCACCAAGUCCGACCAUCCAUCUGCUGUUACCGUUCCUCAACCCAUGUUGCCUGAAGUACAUUCAUAGGAUAAUAAAUUCAUUCCAGGACAUUUGUGUGUGUAUUUGGUCGCUGGUUCAAAUACCCAAGCCGACAAGGUGAAAAGUCUGCAGAUGUGCCCUUGAGCAAGGCAGUUAACCCUCAUUUGCUCCAGGGGUGCAGUACUACUAUGGCUGACCCUGUAAAACAACACAUUUCACUGCACCUAUACAGUGUAUGUGACAGUAAAACAUCUAUACUUUUUUUUUUUUUUUUUUUUUACCAUCACACAACUAGAUAUUGGUGUUGAUUUAGUUCCAGAACAUUGAUCUCAAUCUUGGUUCCACCUUGUUGUUUAUCUCAGAGUGCUGGGAGCAGGACCCCCACAUCCGGCCGUCGUUUGCCUCCAUCCUGGAGCAGCUGACAGCCAUAGAGGAGGCGGUGAUGGCCACUAUGCCCCAGGACUCCUUCCACUCCAUGCAGGAGGACUGGAGGGUGGAGAUCCAGGAGAUGUUUGACGAGCUCAGGACAAAAGAAAAGGUACAGGUGUAGGAUCUUAAUUUGAUCACUCGUUUGUUGCUGAGAAUUUUCCUGCACCGCAGGAAAUGCAUAAGAGCUUCAUGAUUUACAUAAAUUAACUGAAAACCCACACUAACACAUUAUUAUAUUAACAGUAUUGUACUUUGCAUGUAGCAACAUUAUGGAUUAAACAUUCAAAUCCUGUUGCUACAUGAGUAUUUUGCUGUGACUAUAUAUGUCAAAUUAAGACCCUACAUCUGUAAUAACAGCAAGUGUCACAUCCCUCCCCGUAUGCCUUCGUUCAUUUGAUCAGUGUAGGGGGAUGUAUUCCCUAACAUAGUGCCUAUCACCAUUCGCAUCCUCUGGUCCUCUGUAGCUCAGCUGGUAGAGCACGGCGCUUGUAACGCCAAGGUAGUGGGUUCGAUCCCCGGGACCACCCAUACACAAAAAUGUAUGCACGCACGACUGUAAGUCGCUUUGGAUAAAAGCGUCUGCUAAACGGCAUAUUAUUAUUAUUAUUAUUAUUAUGUCAGCACUCAGGACACAGUGAGAGACGUUGUGCAAUGUGCGUUUGUCCUGAUUUAUAACUUAGACUCAUUCUUUGUCGUUUUAUGAAGUAGAUAAGUUGUAUAGCUAGGUAAACCUCCAGUAUAAACUGAGAAGGAUAACGUUAGAAGCCCUUGGAAGGCAGCGGUGCAAUAAACCUGUAGUUAAGGGAAUGCUUUGAUUUUUAUUGGUUACUUUCUGCAGGCGAGCUAAUUGUGUCUUUAACAAAACAAGCUAUUCGCGUUGAUGGUUAUAAGUAUUUCCAAUUGUUAAUACGAUAAGCUGCUUCCCUUCUUAGUCCCUCCUCUUAUAUCAAAUGGGAAUUGUAAUUGCUGUAUCGAGAAUGCGCUUUCAUGUAAAUUCAGCUGAAUCGUUAAGCAGCAAACUUGGCAAAUUGCGCAAUAUGCAAAACCUCUCCCAGGGAUUGUCUAGCAUGUCAAUUCUUCAUGUUAUUUCCCCAUACGACACCAGUUAAUUUCAUUACCUCUAAAAAGUAACAGAAGCACAUACAUUGUUCCUCCUGAUUGUGAGUUUCUACAUUCCAUUGUUAAAGGUUGCCUAUGAUCUAAAACGCUUAUCCAUCUAUAUUUCUGAGGGACCAGAAGUCUAAACCUAGGUCUGAGGUUCAGUUUGCUUCAUUUUUUUGGCAUACUCCUUUCUUCUAAAACGUCAAAGUGAUGUUUUGAGUCCAAGUAUAUAGGGCUAUUGUUUUUCAGUUCUUUUUAACAAUCAAAUUAUAAUAUUUUUUCUACCUCACAAGUUGCAACAUUGUUGUUACACAACAUUAAUCACAUUUUCGCUUCAGUGGGUUUGUAAAGCUGCUUUGCAGAAGUAAUUCAUGAAGGAUUAUUCAGUUGUUAUAGGAAACAAAAUCAAGAACAUGAAAUCCAAAUACUGCCCUGCACAGUAGAUCAACUGAUUUUGUUAACCCUACUCAUUUGCAACCUAGUUGACAAUCGAUGGCAACCUCUUAGCCAGGCAGUCCAAGGCCUCUCUACUACUCUGUAGAUGUGCCUCAUCAACUAAGGGGCCCCCUUUAGCUUGUGAUCUUUGGCUUAGUCAUCCCCUCCCCACACACCACAAGGUUUCUGCAAAGCUCCAUGAAUCUAGUUGGGAUUUACAACCUGUGAGUGCUGGCCAGCCUCUCUUAAAAGAGCUCUCCUUCAUUCAGGGCUCUGCUCCAGGGUACUGAUCACUGCUGUGCUGGGUGGUGUUUGGAGAGAGCUUUGAGUUAUUUGCAAAUGUAAAUCUGUAAACAAGGAAGGUAUUUGUGAGUUAUUUUUAGCAAAAAUGAUAGACAGAAGGGAUAAGGAAAUAAUGCACUGCCUAGCACCGGUCUCUGUGGAUCAUUAUGCCAGUGUUUCCCCUACUAUUGUAUAGCAGAGGCGGGCACCCCUGCCUAUCGCUGUCCCCCCCCCCCCCCCCCCCCCUCUUUGGCUUCGAUUGGUCUGAAUUUAUUAUUUUGUUACUUUGGGCGAGUGUGCACCCCACCGGAUGCAAAAUGUGGGGGGAAAAACUAUAUUAUGCAGAGUUGUCUGUCGUCUGACCCUCCUACAUGUGUUCCUUCCUUCCUGUAGGAGCUGCGUUCCCGGGAGGAGGAGCUGACGCGUGCGGCGCUGCAGCAGAAGUCCCACGAGGAGCUGCUGAAGAGGAGAGAGCAGCAGCUGGCAGAGCGGGAGAUCAACGUGCUGGAGAGGGAACUCAACAUCCUCAUCUUCCAGCUCAACAAGGACAAGCCCAACGUCAAGAAGAGGAAGGGCAAGUUCAAACGUAGCCGCCUCAAACUCAAGGACGGCAACCGCAUCAGCCUGCCGUCAGGUGGGUGUUUCUGACUGUCUUUCUGUCUAGUCGUGAUAGUCUAUCUUUAAGUCAAUGUUAUCUUUGAGUUGAGAAAAAAAGUUCCUCAACACAUUUUCAAAAAAGUUACACUUAAAAUCAUUGCUUGAAAUCCCGCCUCCUUCACCCAAAUAACCUCAAAAUAACCAGUGACGGAAGACCGAAGCACCGGAACCCAGUCUUUUGACAGUUGGUAGUCUGUCCACUAGAGAUUACACAAAUGGUAAAAGCUAAACAAGUGACCAACCAACCUGGCCUGUGUCUCUGUUUUCUAGAUUUCCAGCACAAGAUCACAGUGCAGGCGUCACCCUCCAUGGACAAGAGGAGGAGUCUGAACAGCUCCAGCCCCCCCAGCAGCCCCACACUCAUACCCCGCCUCCGGGCCAUCCAGUGUAAGUGCACCUCAGACAAUCAAUCCACAUACUGCAUUAAAACAGGAACACGACAGACCUGGGUCAAAUGCAAAACAAAACAGUAUAACAGUAUCAAAUAAAGUAUUUUUAUGUGUGCUUCAUUUUGGCAUAGCUGUUAUGACUGGGUAAGCUUCCCUCUCCAAACUCUGAUGUGGUUCUGCGUGAAUGUUUUCUCCCUCUAGUGUGUGCCCGCAUUGACAGUAUCCAAAGGGACAGUAUGUAUGUGUAUCACCAGCAUGUGGAUAUCACCAGCGAGUGCCAGCCCUCUACUGGGUCUAGGAAGAAAGGCAAGCAACUGUGUGGCAUUGUUGGGAUGUGGCCACUGUCUGCUGUGUGUGCACCGGCUAACGUGUUUCUCAACGACUAGGGUUCUAACAACGGACUACCAGCUGCUGCCUGUGUGCUUCUGGCUACUAAGACAACUUGGACUAUCAUCAUCGCUGAUUUCAGAAAAUGUACAUGGGUUUAUCCUCUGAAAAGCCCUGGGUGUUUCAGGGUUUUUACUACUACUAAUAAUAAUAUGGGUUUGCUUUGAAAUGAAGAACACGUUGGGAUGCAUUAGAGGUUGUUUGUAACCUGUAAUGUUUAUCACUAACUGAUCACAGAAGGCGUUUUUUAUUUGCAACCCAACCUGUUCUUGAAAUAUUGACAUCAAUAUACUGGGUCUCUUUGAUUUCCUAACCAGUGUUCAGCUGCAGGGAUUAUAUUCAUAUUUCUUAUUGCGGUGGAUGGUGGAGGUUGUUUUCUCAAAUAAUCCAGUCCUCUAAUUGCUUAGCCACUCAAGUGUUUGAAGACAUAUAUCUGCUGUUGGCCUGGACUCUCACAGAGAUUUGUCACUGGGGCAUUGGUGUACUCUGCCAGUUGUUGACUGAUGUUCUCCUUCAUCACAGUGACUCUGGACGAGAGCAACAGAACAUGGGGACGAAGCACCAUCUACAAGCCGGAGGAGUUUGAUGAUGUCAAGAAGGGGAUUAAGAAGAAGGGGCGAACGUGGGGACCGAGCUCCGUUCAGACCAAGGAGCGGGGAAACUGUGCUGAAAGGUACAGGACUUGUGUUUCUUUCCAUCUCCAUUCAGUAUUUAUUUUGUCAUCUUCAUGGUGUCUGUGUGGGUUGUUUGAUGAAACCGACGUGUCCUGGCAGAGUGAGGCCACUGUCUGAUGGAAACAACCCCUGGUCCACCAGUCUGGUGAAGUCCCAGAAGUCAGUUCCGUUGGCUGCGUUGUUUGCAGAGCAGCAAGGUGAGGGAAAUUUGUCUUCUAAUAUAAUCAGAUACAACACAACAAGACCAUUUCUUAGUUCCUGUCAAAAGCUUAUCAAUGACAAUUUGUCUCUGUCCUCGUCCUUCAUGUUCAGGGACCAAUAAAGAUGAGAUGUGCUCACCAGAUGGCUCGGACAACACCAAACCAAAGCAACUGAAGUUCCCCAAUCAGGUGUACAUCGAUCUACCUCUGUGGAAGGAUGAGCAGCAGCAGGGGGGUGAGGGGACGGCAGGAGGCUUCCCAGGGGAAAGCCUGGAGGACCCCAGCACCACCUCAGCCAGCUCCACCAGCACCACCCCCCAGCACACCCCCACCAACAGCCUGAAGAGGGCCUCAGCUCGCCGCCGGACAGAUACUGUGCUCUACGUCUGUGCCUCGAUGCUGGCCUCGGUGGGGCUGGGCUUCGACCUGUGUGACACGCUCAAGGCCCCACCGGGAGACGACCCUGAGCCCCAGCCCAGCGUGGAGAAAAAGAAGAAAGAGGGGCUGUUCCAGCGCGCCACACGCUUCCGCCGCAGCACCAGCCCCCCUGGUGUACGUUCCUCCCGCAAGGAGGAGGCAGCCUUACCCUUGUCGGCAGCCUCCCAAGGCCCUGUCAACCUCAUCUCCAUGUCCUCCAUCUCAGAGUGCAACUCCACCAAGUGCCUCCUGCAGUCGGACGUGGAGGGGCCUGAGCCCAGCCCUGUGAAGGAGGUAGACCCCAGAGCACAGCCCAACAGCGGCUCCCAGCCACAGGGUCCACAGGGGCCGGGCAGCAGGACUCCAGCUGAGGUCGAGCCCCUCCCCCAGCCUGCAGCCCCAGAGCAGACUCCGCCUCAGAGCAUGGGCUCUCGCCUCCGGAGGAAGAAGUCGUCCGUCGUUCAGGACAGUGAGUGAAAGUGACAGUCAGGACUGUAUAAUGUAGUAGUGUUGUUUAAUGCUGUGAGGUGACACCACUGUACAACUGCACCCUGAACGGGUGCAAUGAAACUGACUGCUUAUUUAUUUCCACAGCUAAUGGUACAUCUGGCUUUCACACGACCUCAUCGGGACAGUCUUCCACCACGACCUCUCAGAAGAAGAAGUCUGACAGGGAGGAGACACCUGAGACAGCAGCCAGUGGGGAGACUGUCGCCUCCAGGCCCCGGCCUCUGUCCCUCCGGGGCAAACCCCACUCCUGGGGUCUCCUGAGUGGCCGCAACAAGAGCUACUCCCUGGGCCACUACUCUGGAGAGAAGAGCGCCAGGAGCCUCAACAUCGUCCUCUCCUCCGCCGAGGUCAAGAUGGACUGCUCUCUGCUGGACAUGGACACGGAGGGGCAGAAACGUGACUGCACCGUGCCCCUCUGCCGAAUUCAGAGCGGCCCCAUUCGCCCCUCCGUCUUCGAACUAGAGAAAAAGUUCUUGUCAUAGCAGAAAUAAGCUGCCUUAUUACCAGGGUACCAGAGCACAAUUUUUAACUAAUGUUUCAGUUGGAUCAACAACUCUUAUUUGACAUUCCAGGGCAUUCCACUGCCCUCGUUGUUUUUACCUGAAUGUGGGCCACUGCUGCUUGACGAUACCUGUGCUUUUUUAUUUAUAUCUGUAAUAUUUUGAUAGGUAAUUUAAUAUUGGGGGGGAAAAACAUGUUUCAAUAGCAUCAGGUUGAUUGAACAACGAAGGAACAUAUUCCAUUUUCUGUUGCAAAAAUGUCACAAUUUUUCUGCACACACACUGGUUUGGAUCUUGGCAUCUCAAGUUAGAAAAUUAUGCGUACUUUCAAAUGUCAAACAAUGUUAAUUUGCUUUUGUUUGUAAAAAUAUUUUUCUCCAUUUUGAUUUAAUGCUGGUAAUUAUUUUGUAUUGAUUUUGUUUAUCGUUGUUAUUUUAUAGAUACCACAGUGUUUAUUUUAGGACAAGUUCUGUCCAAUGUUAGAGGUAAUAUUGAAUGUCUUCUGUCUGGAAGUCAACAUGUGGCUCAACUGACAUAUGUAGAGUAACAGUGCAUCCAACAACACUGGAGAUCCUAAUCUCAACACUGAAACACUAAACCAGGCAGUAACAGUGCAA